AUGAAUUUUCUUUCGACAAUUCCUCGUAGUUCUGAAGUUAUAAAUAUUACUGCUGGUUUCUCUGUUGAUGAAGAAAAAGGAUUAAAAGAUUUUGACGAGAACAAUGCUGUAAAAGAUCAAAAUCAUAUGCGCGAUAAAUCAUGGACAUCGAAUUCGAGAAAUAAUAGCCAAGGAUCAUCAUUAACCAGUCCACAUAUGAAUAUUUCGGCGAAUAAUAUUAAUAUCAAUUCUUCACCGUCAUUUAAUUACAUUCAGCCAAGAUUACCCACUUAUUUAUUUGCGGACAAUGGUUGUACUCAAGCGUUACUGCAAAUAGCGAUUGAUCUUGAUUGCACAUUUAUGUUUCAUUGUAGGGAUGGUAAACCGAGAUUUAGCUUUGAACCGAAUUCUACUGCUUCUUUAAAUAUUAGGGGUCCUGAACUGGCCGUGGUCGAUAGUGAUAAUGAACUUCACGUUAUCGAGAGUAACAAUGGUGUAGAAUUGGAUAGUGAAAUCUGGAAGAAAACGGAUCUAAGUCAAUUUGCGUGGGCAGUUAGAGGAAAAUGCCAAAAAAUCUUUUCUAAAAUGUAA